AGAAACAUUUUUUUUAUAAACAAACGAAAGUAUUAAAGCAGAAAACAAUUAGUGAUCUAGACAAGUUAAUAAGCAAUUUACGAAAGCUGUUAAGACACCGACAACAAAUAUGAAGUCAAGUGGAUUACUUAAUCUUCUUGUUUUCAUUAAUUUUUGUACAUAUGACAUUUUAGCAAAAGAUUCGUAUUCAAAAGACACUGCAGCUGGUGAUCUUAAAAAUGAAAAAUUAAGAAUGUGUAUUGUUGAGAGUCGCGGUUCAUUUCGCAGAACAGAGCAGCAUUGUCCAAUUAUUGAGAAUCAAACAAAUAUUGAAUGUAUUGUUGGAAUUGACCGUCUUGAUUGUGCUCGAAGAAUAAGCAAAGGUUAUGCACAUUUUGGUGUCUUUUCGUCCGAGGAUCUAGUCAGUGCACGAUGGGCAACAUUCCAAAUUUUAGUAACAAAUGAGCUUCGGUUUCAUGCUGAAGAAUUUGAGUACGAUGUAGUCGUGGUGGUCGAUAAUGAAGCGAAUAUCAAUUCAGCAGCAGAUUUGAGAAGUGCACGUUUGUGUCAUCCUGGCAAAGGUAUCAAUGAUAAUUGGAAUGACAUCAUUUCUGACUACCUUGAAUCAACAAUGGUUGCUAGAGAAUGUGAAGAGGAUUUGACACUUGCUGAGUCAAGGAUUAAAGCUAGUGCCAACUUUUUUGGACCAAGCUGUAAAGCUGGUCCAUGGGUUAAUGAUGCACUUCAAGAUAGCAUUUUGAAAUCAAAAUAUCCAUCACUUUGUUCCUUAUGCUACGAUAAAUCAAAAUGCGGCAUUGGCGAUAAGCAUUGGGGAAGACGAGGAGCAUUAGAAUGUUUAAUUGGAGGAUCAGGACAAGCAGCAUACGUGCGAUUAGAUGACGUCAAGAGUUUCUUCAAUGGCAAAAAUGCAGAAGCAGAUCCAAACAACUAUAGCUUCUUAUGUCCCGAUGGACAUUUACAGCCUCUGACAAGUGAGAAUCCAUGUACUUGGAUAUCAAAACCAUGGCCAGUAAUAGCAGCUAAGAGAAGUCAUGCAGAACAAGUUCAGGAAAUUUUCAGAAAAAUAGACACAACGUUACAAUGGCAGCAAUCAAUGCUUUUACUGCUUGAAUCUUAUUACAUAAAUGUCACAAGCUUGGAUGUUCCAAUUCCAAUCGACGACUACCUCGACAAAAGUACAGGAUAUCAAAGUGCACACAGUUUUCCUGCAUGUUAUCCACCAAGGCACAUCGUAUACUGCACAACUUCCAUAAUUGAGUUUGUAAAGUGUAGUUGGCUGCAAGAAGUUUCGACAGUUUAUGGAAUAGAACCAAAUUUACAAUGCAUUCGCGGUGAAAGCCUUUACAGAUGCCUAGAUGAUGUUAAUAAAAAUAUCGCUGAUGUUGUCAUGGUCGAUCAAGAUGAAAGAGCUGACAGUGAGAGGAAAUUCAAUUUGAUUCCUUUGCUGUCGGAGUUUUCAUUCAAUUUCGGAAAUAAUUAUGUGACAGUUGCUGUUGUGAAGGAAAACUCUCCUAUUAAAAAUUUUGAAGAUCUUAAAUGGAAACGAGCAUGCUUACCAUCUUAUGAAGGUGCAGCAUUCUAUUCAGUUAUGGAAAAUCUUCAAGAAUUCCAAUACAUCAACAACAAUUGCUCAAAUGGUGUCAUAGACUUCUUUGCAUCAGAAUCAUGCUUUGGCUCAAGAAAUUGUAAGAAGGAAUAUUCAGGAGAUGAAGGAGCUUUGAAGUGUCUUGAUCAAAUGGGUGAUGUUGCAUUUGUAAACUUGGAAUUGGUUAGGAAUCUUACAGGUCCAAACCAAAAAUACCGAGUAAUCUGUGGCGCCAAUUUCAAAAGAACUGAAAUCUAUCAUAAAAGCUUAGACAUUUGCUACUUAAGUUGGACAUCAAAAGGUACACUCUUAACAAGUAAAACAAAGGAUGAGUUAAGGAAAAAUGAGAUUAUUAAUACAUUAAAAUCAAUGGACUACAACUUCGGUAAGCAUAAAUUCCGAUCAGGAAACAUUCCAUUCACGAUGUUUGGACCAUUUGACAAAAAGGAAAAUGUAUUAUUUAAGGACGCGACUGAUGGAUUUAGAACUCCAAAAGAGAUUAAGAAUUACGUAAAGUUUGAUAAGAAUUUAGAGAAAUUUUAUACUGGCUUUUCAGAUUUCACAAUGUUACGAACCUCGAAACAAUCGACAAAACCUGUUUCCACAAAAGCUACUUCAAGUGUACUAAAUAAUGAGAAACAAAAGCAAAGUGUUACUGCUAAAAAGUCUAAUGUAACUACUGAUAAAAAUACAGACAAGAAAUCAAUAACGAAAAAGUCUGAUAAUCAUGCAGCCGGAUUAACAAAUAAAAGUCUUGUCACUAAACACGUGACGAAAUCCAAAGGUGCAUUAUCAGUCACAAAUGCAGUAAAGCCACCCGUAAACAAAAAGAAUGUUAUGAAUACAAUCCAUAAUGUUACAGUUUCAUCGCCACCAACAUCAGCUGGCAAAGAAAGGUCAACGUCUCUUAUAAACAUAAGAAAUGAAAAUGAAAACAGUGACGAUGCAUUAUCACAAAAACAUUUAAAACAUUCAAGGUCGCGUACUCGGACGAUAGCUCCCGAAGAAUCGAUUUUAUUUCAACGAAAUUUAAUGAGUUCAAAAUCAGUCGAUGAUGAGAAACCGAAGAUUGAGCGUAAAAAUCCAGUUGCGUAUGAGAUAAAUUUUGAGGAAGAGAAAAAGAAUGCAAAGAAGGUUUUGAAAAAACAGGAGUCUAGUGAAGUUGUCAAGAAGCCACUCGAGAAGCAAAAGUCAUUCAUUAAAAAUGAUAAAGUCCUCCAAAGACAAAAGUCUCAGGACAUAAAGCUGAAAAGACAGAAAACAGAAAUUAAAGAGCCGUCAAUAGAAAAAGAAGUGGAACAAGUAGCAAAACCUGAGGAGGAUGAAGACAAUUAUGAAAGUGAUUUUGAGUCAUACGAAAGUGACUUUGAGGCAGAACCAUCUGAUAAUACAGAAGUAGAAGAAUCUACAGAAGACAACGACACUAGCAAUGAGGAUGAUGAUGAGAUUGCAGAUGUUGAGAAAAUAGUCACUGAUCGUGUUGAUUCAGGAAGUUUUGAUAUGUCAGUAAAGAAGUCAGUAACGCCAUCGUUAAAUCAGUAUGACAGCAUAGAAGAUACUGUGAAUUCACAUGACAGUGGAAUUUCUUAUGACGAUUUGCAAGCUUUGAAUAAGCGACUUGUGAGUCCAAAGGUCAUUGCCUUUUAUAAAAGAGGAGAGGAACUGAUGAAGAAAAUUACUUUCGACAGUAUCAGUUUCGAUGUUUUCGAGCAAAAGCCAAUUCCUUAUGAAGUGUUUAUGUCAAUUUAUGGCCAGAGAGGAAUGAUACAAGCUAGUACUCAAUGUGAAUCUCUUUGCGUAAAUGAGGAGUGUCAAACGGAAGUAAUAAGUAAGAUCAAUUCAUGGACUCAAUAUCCAUGCAAAUUUACAAGAAUUGGACUUGAGAAUAUCAAUUCUAAGCAGUACAAUGAGGAGAAAUUAGGAGUUGGAGAUGAAACUUUCGACUAUAUUGAGAAGGAUCAAACUGAUAGUAUUGAGCACAUUGAUAUAAGCAUUGAGGCUAUCAAUAACUUCUCAGAUGAAAAUAAUUUAUUUGUGCUUAAUCAGCAGUCAGGUUAUGCCGCUUCUGACCUUCGGAAUUUCGUUCAAAAUACUUCAAUCUCAAUUUUCAAUAUUUUAGAAGGAAAGUCAAACAAGUCUCGCGAGUUUGCAUCCUCAAAGAUUCCAAUUUGUUCGGGAUAUUUUGAAAUUAAAAUCAAUGACAUUGAACUUUUAAGCAACACAAGCAUUACAAAAGUGUGGACAAAUGUGUGCCUUAAUAACUUUUUGAUAACAGUCCAUAAAGUGACAAAUACGAAUCAAAAUUUAAUGUGCCUUUGGAACAUUCUACACACAUCACGUCCUAUGAAGAUUUUCAAUUCGUGGAGUGACAUAAAAUGUUUAGAAAUUCAUCCGCAUCAACGUGAUUACAUUAUCGGUGGAUGUAGUGACGGAACAAUUUGUUUAUGGAGCAUAAAAGAAAGUUCUGAUGACUUGACAACAUUUAGCCUUAUCCAGCCUAGUGAAAUAAUAUCAUUAAAUCAAAUACACAAUGAUUUUGCACUUGAUAAUGUUACGGCACUCAAAAGCUUACCAUACCGGCCAUAUAAGAAUUCAAUGUCUAUGUUUACACAGUCACAAUCUUCACAAUUUUGUUCACUCCACGAAAAUGGAUUUCUCAGUAUAUGGACUUUAUUACAGCUAGACAAUUUCGAUGAUGAUAUAAGAAAACUAGAAAUGGAUUUUACUUACAAAGGAUGCAAUGUCAAGUUAAGUAAAAACUUGUCGAUCGACAUUAAUCAAUUUCUAAGAACUGAUAGCAAUGAAAAUGAGAAAAAUGCUCGUAAGAAGUCUGCAUUUGAAAAGACCCGAUAUUAUUUUGAAAAUGACUUAUUUAGUGACAAAGUGUUGAAGGAACUACAAGAAAUUGACACUGAUCGACUACAAAGGAGCAAGAACUUUAUGUACCGUAAUGAAAUGUUUACGGCAACGAGUUUUGAUUUGAAUUAUAAUGAAUUAUUUAUUUCGUCUGACACAAAUUUCAUUGUUGCCAUGUCUAGACUUUGUUUGGGUGAUAAAGCAAGGAAAAUUAUCACAAAUGACUCAAACUUUAUCUCACCUUCAACUAUUAAAACUCAUCCAAUUGAUAAGAAUAUUUUGGCAAUCGGACAGACGAACGGAAACGUCAAAUUUAUUAAAACUAGUGACGAUUUCAGUUUGAGCAGUUCCAACAAACGUAAACAACUGAAACGAUCGAAUGCAGCAUUCAGCAAUGAUGAGAAUGUUUUAGCCAAAUCGUGUGCAUUCCAAAACAUUGUCGAACGUGAGAAGAAACUUUAUGAGGAAACGCAAGCUUUGAAUGACUUAGAAUCAGACAAUUUAAAAGCAUUAUUGCUCAAUGAAUCGCCUUUGUCUUCUCAUUUUGAGGAGAAUGAAGGAAAUUACAAAAAUAAUUUAAAAAUUACGUUUGAUAAAAAUUUAUUCAACUCGUUUGAUGUCUCUAUGGGAACUGUGAGGCUAAUUGAAUUCAAUAGGACUGGAAGGUUAAUGUUUGUGCUGAUUAAUAAGGAUUUGAAGAUUUUUGACUGCUGGAAGAAUGUCGAGAUUCAACAUUUAGAUAGUCGAGGGAUAAUUGAUGUUAAAUCCAUUCAAGGAAGUGAUGGAAAUGAAUAUAUGGUUCUUUUGACAGCUAAAAAGGAAGUUUUAGUCAACAAGUUAAAGUUUUAA